AUGAAGAUACCUGAACCAUUGACUAGAUUGUUUAAUUCAGUACCUUUAAAAAUCAUUAAAGAUGAAAACACAAUCUCAAAAUUUGAUAAUCCUAUACCAUUAUCAGAUUCAGUUCCAUUAGUACUUGGAGUUUACAACACAUUUCAAUACAAUGAAUUAAUACUACCUACAGAUCCAAUUUCAUUAGCCACUUACCUAAGAUUAAUUCAAAGGAACAAUUUACAAUUAUCAUCAUCGUCGACAGGUCUUACAAAAAUUCCAUUUCGUGGAUCACCUUAUAAUUCAUUACCUAUAUUAAUUGGAGACUCAAUUGAAAGUAUUGAAAAAAUUCAACAAAAUAUUUCAAAACAUUUCGAAAAAGAAGAAUAUUUUAUUAAUGAUUUUUUGGAUACAAAGCUUUACGAUUUAUGGAUUACUUGUUUAUUAGUUGAAGAUAUUGAUAAUGAAACAUAUUAUAGAAUUUUUGGAGUUAAGGAUUUUGAAGUUUAUGAUUUGAAGAGUGAAAUACCCAAAUGGAAUAAUUACAAAGUACGUUUCCCAACAUUGAACUUGAAAAAAUUCUACGAAAUACAACUAGAAGAAUUUAAAGAUUACGUGGAGUUAGAUAAUUUAAAAUUAGCUUCUUUCAUUAUAAUCAUCAAUGAGUUUCUUCCAUUCACUAAAAUUGCAAAAUUGAUACCAACAGAAGUCAUAGAGAAAAGCUACGAAAUACUAAAUCAAACUAAUUAA